AUGCCGGACCAUAGGAUGUCGAGGGGCGAAUGCUCCGACUACAACCGAUCCAGAUACUACAACCCAAAGGUGCAUGUCUCCGGCUGGCACAACAUUCAACACGAUGAGGACUACAUACAAAGCUACAAUCGGAUGCGGGAGUUCUACAUGGAGGCGUACCCAACAGAAAGCAUAAGUCAGAAGUACCAGAGUGCUAGGAGUAGUGGGGCACGAAAGAACUUGUCCGACAAGCGGGUCAUUUUUUACGAAGAGGAGGGGGCCAAUCAUUGGGUCACCGAAAGCAGGUGCCCCUUUAAGGAGGGGAAGCGACGAAGCGAUGAAGCGGCGAAGGGGUGA